AUGCUCGAGAGGAACUGGAAGGAGCUCCUGGAAGACACGGAGAAGAGGCAGCAGGAGCUGUCGGAGAAGCAGAUCCACUACAAGAAGGAUCUGAUCAAGACGGUGAACGCUUUCAAGAAGGACGUGGCGCGCUUCCGCGCCGAGUACGAGCGCUCCGGGCCCAUGGUGAAGGGCAUCCCGCCUCGCGAGGCGGUGGAGCGCCUGAAGCGCUUCAAGGAGGAGUUCGAAGUCCGAGACCGAAAGCAGGAGAUCUACUACAUCGGCGAAGACCUCUUUGGAGUUCCCCACCAGCGCUACCCGGCCCUCGACACGACGAGGCAGGAGCUGGGCUACCUGUCCCAGCUGUACGACCUGUACGUCGCGGUCUUGGAGACCAUCAAGGACUGGCGAGACUACCUCUGGUGUGACGUGGGGGAGAACAUGGAGGACAUGCAGAAGAAGAUUGACAACUUCGCGGGGCGCUGCAAGAAGAUGCCCAAGCAGCUGAGAGAAUGGCCAGCCUACAACGAGCUGAAGAAGGAAAUUGAGGACUUCCAGGGUGUGCUGCCUCUGCUGCUGGAGCUGGGCAAGCCGAGCAUCAUGCCAAGGCACUGGCAGCAGGUCAUGGACAUCACAGGCAAAGAUCUGCCCAUCGACUCGGAGAAUUUCAAGCUCCAGUCGCUGAUCGAUGCGCAGUUGAACGAAUUCACCGAUGAGAUCUCCGACAUCUGCGAGGGUGCCGACAAGCAGCUGGCCCAGCGCCACUCGAUUCCCUUCAAGGAGGAGUUGAACGGUCUGCUGUCCACGCUCUCUGACACGGGCGACACCAUUGAGCGCUGGUUUAAGGCAAAGAAGUUCCAGCAGAUCGACAAAGACUGGAUCAAGAUCAUGCAGAAGUCUGCGGACACGAAGUACGUGGUGCCCUGCUGCCAGCGGCUGCGAUUCUACUUCACCAGUGACCCGGUGCUGCUGAAGAUCCUGUCCCAAGGAAGUGACCCUGAGAGCAUCCAAGAGGACUUUGAGAAGCUCUUCGAUGCCAUCAACCGCGUGCUUGUCCAGUUCGACAAGGUCGACAGGAAGAAGAUUGUGCUUUGCAUGCAAGAGCGUGGCAAGACGCCGGUGCAAGCGCAGGGCAAUAUCGAAGAUUGGCUCCUGGCCCUGGAGGACGGCUCACCCCUGAGAGGUCGCCAAGCUAAAGUCGCCUAG